AUGGCCUCCGACGCAAAACCAACUGUUACUUACACACGCCUUGGCAAUUCUGGGCUGAAGAUCUCGAACCCUGUCCUCGGUGCUAUGUCUUUUGGCAACUCCAACUGGUUGGGACCAUGGAUCCUGGGCGAGGAUGAAGCUCUUCCAAUUCUGAAAGCCGCAUACGAUAAUGGCAUCAACAGCUGGGACACGGCGAAUGUUUACGGUUAUGGUGACUCGGAGAGGAUCAUUGCGAAGGCUAUUAGGAACUAUAAAAUCCCACGAGAGAGAUUGGUCAUUAUGACUAAGUGCAAUGGAACAGUAGGAGACCCUGGUACUAGCAUGACGGAUAUGCUCAAGAUUCCAAACAUUGCGUACACGAAGGAAUAUGUAAAUCAGCAAGGGCUCUCUCGAAAAGCUAUCUUCUCUGCCGUAGAUGCGUCAUUAAAGCGUCUUGAAACAGAUUACAUCGAUCUCCUCUAG